AUGCCAGAUAUGUUGUGCAUUGCUAACGUUCUGAAGGAUGUGUUGAUGGGUGCCAUUGCGCUAAACUCGGAUCAUAUCAAAGAAAAGCUCAGCUUCAUUCUGACAUCGGCCAGUAGUGUUCCAAGCCCCUUCGACUGCUGGCUAGCUCAUCGUGGCAUCAAGACCUUGCAUCUCAGAGCCCGUGCUGCGUCAGACAACGCAGCAGCUCUCGCAGCUGUCCUCGAAGACUCCCCCCAUGUGUUGUCGGUAAACUACCCAGGCCUCGUCUCGCACCCCCAUUACCACAUUACGGUCAAGCAACACAGGGGUGGAAUGGGAGGUGCCAUGAUAUCCUUCCGGAUUCGAGGAGGCGGGGUUUCUGCAGCUCAGUUUUGCAAGCGAACCAAGUAUUUCACUCUUGCGGAGAGCUUGGGUGGUGUCGAGAGCCUCUGCGAAAUACCUGCGAAAAUGACGCAUGCUUCUAUGCCGCGGGAGGCUAGAGAGGCUGUUGGGGUUUAUGAUGACUUGAUUCGAUUGAGUGUCGGUAUUGAGGACGUGGAAGACCUCGUUGCAGACCUUCAAGUCGCUCUGGAGGAAGCUGUCCAGGUCGUUGAAUCCAACUUAAUACAUUAG